AUGCCUCCCAAAAAGAAGCUGAAGACUGGCAAUGCUAUGGCCAAAGCCAUUGCUUCAGGGGAGCAAGCGGUGGCAGGGCCCACAACCAUGUCAUCCGUCUCUCCGCUCUUGCAGGCGGUGCAAACUUGUGUGGAAUCCAUGUACUCCCUUAGGCACGCCGGGCCUGAAGUGACGACAGGCGAAGCUCUGCCUUCUCUGCCUCGGGCAGACUCGGGCUAUGUUUGGCCGGUAGGUGUUGGUGGGACAUUCAAAGACAUCGCCCAGAGAGCAUGGCAGUCCCCCGAAAAGCUUGUAGACGAAUCCUUUGACAUGGUACUAGCGGCUGGGCUGUUGGACGAGGGCAGCACCGUGGAAACCUUCAAAGCCAAGUAUUGCACUCUUCAGGAAUGGCCACCUGCUGUGGGCUCUACGUUCGAGACGGGAAUAUUGAUGUGGAGCUUCAAGGACAACUCAUUAUGGAGAGGCAAACACAUUGCCAUGUCAGAGAUUGUGGGAAUCGCUCGAGCAAUUGCCAUCACUCGUUUUCGUGAGGGCGAACUGGUAUCACUUCGAUUGCCAGCGACCUCCGAGCAAGUCGAUGCAUGCUGCGAUGGUGAGAAUGUGGCCUUGGGCACCUUGCUCUUUGCAGAUGGAUCCCAGAAAACACUAGCUGCCUUUACGGUGUGGUUAGCGCUCUUGCUAGUUUGGAGGGACUUCAAGGAUUCAAUUGAGGAUCCCCAUGUGGUCCAGUUGAUUGCAUCCCUCUUGGUGCUGCAAACAACUUACAAGAGUAUGGAUGCCAAUGCUUCCUCCAUGCAGAGCGCAAUUGGAAAGAUUGUCAAGCAAAAUGCUGACUCCAAAGUACAGCCUGUCAGUUCAUUGACAUGGUGUUCUAUCCUCUCCGCACUGCAGGACGACAGUGACGGCACCAUCAACUUCGACACCUGCAUGGAGGCGUACAACGAUCACCCAGAGGUGCGCGCUUGGUCUGACAAUGCCAAUGAGACCGGUGCCGGGUCCAUCUCCCUGGACAGGCGUCGCAAACGCGCCGUGAAGAAUUGGCUGGAGAAGACUGCAAAAGAUGCAUUCCGCAUCGUCGAAACAUCAACACAUGACAUACCAUUCUCAAUGGGGCCAUUUGGGGAAUCCAUGGCAGCUUACCAGUUUCUUUUUCUGGGCAGUACUGCCAGCGGCUUGGCAGUUGACCAUACUUGUGACCUGAGGCCAUUGGACAAAGAGCCAUUCAUUCCAAUUGAUUGGACCUUGCCAAUGAGUGAGCUGGCACAAACCAUCCUCUUCAAGCGAAUUGUAUCAGCCUUCAACCGGGAAACUUCAAUGGUGGCAGCAACUUCAAAGAAGAAGUACCGGCUUAGCAUGGAGAAUGCCCAAUCUUUGAGAAACAUGGUGUGUCUCUUUGCGCAGCUGUACCCACACCUGCAGUCACGCUUGCCGGCGCCACACUGUGAAAAGUGGUUGGAAGAAUUCUCCAACAGUGCCUUGCAUGAUGAAGACAUGCGAUUCCUCCUUGAGUCAGCUCCUGCAUCCGUGGCUCUCAGCAUGCUUCCAUCUUCAAAAGCAGCCGCUCAAGAGCAAGCACACCAAAAGGAGCAAACAAUUUGCUUGGCAGUGGAGAAACAAAGGCUCGAUGUGAUCAGUGCUCAGUGGACUUACUUCAAGAGUGGCCUUGAGAGAGAUCAAGUACUUCUGGAAAAGGUCAAGGAUGUGCCCCAGAAGAUUGCUGCAAAGCUACACCAAAAGCGGGUGAAACAAACAAUGGCCCAGGCUAAGCAGGGAGAGGCCGCGGUUGCCGGGUAUGCGGACAAGUACCUUCGGGUGGUGCACGUGCCUCGUGUCGAGCACUCCAAUGCCGAAAUCUCAGACAUGAGAGAUCUGGUUGCAAAAGAAUGGGGCUGUUCUGGCGAUGAUAUCACCAUUGUCAGCAUUGUCGAUUUCAAUGCUCCAGGGUGCCGGAACACCAGCAGCGUUCAAGCCCUAUGUGAGCGAGUCGCGGCGAUGAACAACAUAGCACCAGAGCGCAACGGGGCGAUUGCUUUGUUUCCAGACCUACCACGCGACAGCUCCCUAAGGGGCCUGUUCGAUGAGGAGAAGGGCAUCCAGGAAUCCUUCUUUGCCCUCAAGCAACAUUGUGAUACCAGAUUCAUUGAGUUGUAUGACCGCGACAAGAAGAGCCAAUCCAAGUCGAACAGCAAGCGCUUCGGCACAGGGCGUGUCAUAGUCAGCCAUGACCGCCUAGAGGACAACCCCUGGCUCACUACCAGCGAACUAGCAGUGUUUGGCCGCCCAAUUGCAACCAACGAGUCAGAGCAUGGGGCGCCGACCGUCAUGCUGCCCCGGGGGCAAGAACUUUUGCUCCCGGAGAGUGGCUCACCGGAUGGGCCUGACCUUCGGAUGAGUGAACGGAUCAAGCCCUCUCCAGAGCAGGCAGCUGCCCAAAAAGGAGUUCACCGAGCAGAAUGUCUACUGGCCAGUCUGUUCAAGAACAUGAAAUUGAGGGGACCAACAAUUUUGCUGAAUUGGUCUGGGUAUGUGGAGGAAUUUGCCUCGGCAGUGUUCAACCUCAGAACCAAAGGGGUUGUUGAGGACUUUGACUGGAAGAAGGUUCACUACAUGUCUGUUCACUUCCUGGACAGUGCAGAGAAUGCCACCUAUGGCAAGAACCGUGUUUUGCGCGACCUCCUGGACGCCUGGUGUGAAAAGAAGAUGUCAUUUGCUGGCAUCCAGUUCAGAGACGACGAUGUCAAACUUUCAGAAGAAGAGUUGGCCGCCAUCCCAGGUUCAGAGAUCGUCAAAAGCGUCGAUGCCCUCAAACUUGAGGUGACUGUGCGAAAUGGCAGCUCAGUGGAGGUGCACCCAGAUCAAAUCCGGCAGUGGCGCUCAGCAGGUGGCAUGUACACAGAAGAGUUCGACAAGCUGGUUGCAAAUCAUGACCAGCACUUCAAGAACAUGCUUGCGGGUGUUGUUGAGUCAGGGGGUGGCAAUGCGGACGCCCCUGUUCUUGACCGUGUUGCGGAGACGCCUGAGUCGAAUGACCCACCUCCACCCUCUCUCCAAGAGUUUGAGAGCGUUGAGAAACUCCAAGAAGCAGAUCCCAUCAAGUUCAAGGCCAUGUCGGAAGUCCCAGAGGUUGAACUCCUGAGAGGCAAGAGUGGUAGCACUUACAUUGUUGCAACAAAGCGAAAUCGAGACAUUCCGCGGCACACCAUCCUAGCUGGCUUUGGGACCGGAAAGUUCAUUCCAUCGGCAUCAGAUGAGCCAGGGUUGGAAGUGGGCUGGCCGGAUGGCGACCGGACUUUGAUCCAAGUGGACCAUGGGAGCAUAAACCCGGAGAUGUCAAAUGCUGAAGUCAUGUCCCUAUAUCGCUACAUGACCCUUCUUGAACGGCAAAAGAAAAUAACAAAGUAUGACCUUUCAUACUCAGAGGUCACAAGACUCAGUGGGGCAGAUACCGACGGCUUCGGUGUAAAAAUCACCAACGCCCACAAGUACAAAGUCAUCGGUGAUUCCACCAAGCCUCCUACGUGCAAGACAUGGUUUGGAGACUGCAUCUCACUCUUGGACGGAUCUUCCUCUUCGGCCAUUCAAAAGGUGUUCCGGUUCCGAUUCGACAGAGUAAACCAUUGCUCAAAGAUCCAGAAGCCUUACGCCAUGCUGAAGCAAUCCAUCAGUCUUCAGCACGGACGUCCGGUGAAGGUCUGUUGA